AGUCGAUCUGUGCCGAUCGACUUCAGGUUUACACACAACUACCAGGGGUACCUCGCUAUGUCUUUUGGGCGGCCACCCUCAAUAUCAUCUGGAUUUCAAGUGAACCCACCAGAUCGUGGUUCGUUCCCGCUGGACCAUUAUGGAGAAUGCAAGGAUUACAUGCAGGUCUAUCUCGAUUGUUUGCGCAAGAAUGGGAGUAAUUCGACACCAUGUCGUCAUUUGAACCGUGAUUACCUAGAUUGUCGGAUGAAAAAUGGACUAAUGGACCGAGAUGACUGGCGAAAUUUGGGUCUUUCCAAUCUGCAAGGGGACCCUGCCACGGCUGUGACAAAGGACAAAGACAAACCUAGUCAAAAAUGAUCCCGUUCAUUAUGCUUGUACAUCUACCUAUGCUAUCAGGGUUUUGCUGUGUAAUGUUCGACUAUUGUGUCAUCUCCUGUGAAGACCGUGACUGACACAAUAUGCAGAUAGCUUUCAUGUGUGGUGAAUCAUAAUGUUUCCCUUCCCCUGACCUAUGGUCGUAAAUCUGUAAUUACCAUUGUUUCGUUGAUUUACUCGAUAUUUCACACGAAGGAAGUUUAACAAGCUAUGCAAUG